GUUUGUUUCGACAGCAAAAGAAGAACCCGCGCUUACAGAGAGCGAUCCGAAAACACUACUGAUUCGUUAUCGCCGCAGAGGAUAAUGGAAGACGGUGAUAGAACAGAGGAGGAGGAGGUUGACGUUCAGGUUGUAAACGACGACAAAGACGAGCUAGGGUUUCCGCUUUCGGAUGAGGAAUCUCCCUACGAAUUGUUGCAAAACACUAAGGUUUCAGUAGAGAACAUCAUCGCCGAGAUUCUCUCUAUUAAGAAUCAACGCAAAACCAAACCAUUCCUCAGAAUGAGAGAGCUCGUCACUCAAAUGUUCCUCCACUUGGUCACUCUCCGUCAGGUAAAUCGUUGUAUCUUGGUGGAGGAAGAGUUUGUGAAAACCGAAACGGAGCGUGCAAAGGCACCUUUGGAUUUCACAACACAGCAGCUUCAUAACCUGAUGUAUGAGAAAAGUCACUAUGUUAAAGCAGUAAAGGCUUGCAACGAUUUCAAGUCGAAAUGUCCCGAGAUUGAGCUGGUAAACGAGGAAGAGUUUUUUCGUGAUGUGCCGCAACAUAUCAAGGGCUCUGUUUUGUCAAAUCAUAGUGCCCAUAAUCUCAUGCUUAAGAGGCUCAAUUUUGAGCUAUUUCAGCGCAAAGAGCUCUGCAAACUUCGUAAGAAACUAGAACAACAAAAGAAAAGUCUUUUGGAGACAAUUGCAAAUCGAAAGAAGUUCUUAUCAAGUCUCCCAUCACAUCUCAAGUCUCUAAAGAAAGCAUCCUUGCCUGUACAAAACCAACUAGGAGUUCAGGAUACCAAGAAACUAAUGCGGCAUCAUUCAGCAGAGUUGCUUCCGCCACCACUUUAUGUGAUUUACUCACAGCUGUUAGCUCAAAAAGUGGCAUUUGGAGAAUCCAUAGAUUUGGAGAUUAUAGGAAGCCUGAAAGAUGCUCAAGCUUUUGCCCACCAUCAAGCUCGCAAGGACACUGGCAUUUCCUCCACAGUGGAGAGUUCCAAAUUGGAAGAUGAUGAACCUGAUGAUGAAGAUGGUCAGAGAUGGAGUAAAAGGCCAAGGAGGGUUCAAGGCAAGGAGAGCCUUGACCAGGCGGGAAUAUUCCAAAUUCACCCACUUAAAGUUACUCUCCAUGUGUAUGACGACGAGGUUUCUGUUCUCGAGUCUGCAAAACUCACGACUCUAAAGUUUGAGUACUUGGUGCAGUUGAAUGUUAUAUGUGUUGGAGUCGAUGCAUCUAAUGAUGGUCGUGAGAAUGACAUCUUAUGCAAUUUAUUCCCUGAUGACACGGGUCUCCAGCUUCCUCACCAGUCAGCCAAGCUCUUUGUUGGGGAUGCAACAAUGUCUAAUGAUGAUAGAACUUCACGUCCUUACAAAUGGGCUCAGCACCUGGCAGGAAUUGAUUUCUUGCCUGAGGUGUCUCCCUUGAUGUUUGCUAGCCGUGAAACUUCAGACAACAGUGAAGAUGUUAUAUCUAGUCUUUCACAAUAUCGCCAGCAAAACCGAGUACAGACAGUUCUGCAGAGAAUUCGUUCGAGGAGAAAAGCUCAGUUGGCUCGUCUGUGAGUCGCUGCUCUUGUAUGUUACAAGUUUAGAAUAUGAAGGACCCGUGUGGGUAUUCAAUGAAAAAAAAAAUACCUUAGUGUGAUCAACUGAAAGGCUUGCUUUUGGGCUAUGCUUUGGUUGUAUUGUUGUGAGGGCCGGUUGAAUACAUCGAACCGUGAAUCCAUAAUGUUUUUGGUUCGAUUACUACCCAGUUCAACCACGGCUAAAUUAUAACCCAUUAAAUCAUGAUCGGAAGGUGUAAUACACACGUCUGCUAUAUUAAGGAAUAAGUUAUAUUUAUGGGAUAUGAUUUACACACGUCUGCUUCUAUAUACAUAAGAAGCAUAAGGCAUAUCUACCUUAUACCCACACUCAGGGAUUACUAUCUUG